GAUAUUGUUAAAAUUAGAGUUUUUGAUUUAAAUUUGUUCAAUAAAUAUAUUAAAUUCUCUUAUAUUUAUUGAAUUUUAUAUAUUAAGUUCUGGUAAUUGUGAAAGAGAGUGUGGUGUCCUCAUAUAAUAUAGAGAAUAUGGCAAUGUUAUUCAGUAGAAGUGCAUCUGUACUCUGGCAGAAUCCACAACAUAGGCUUUUGUUGAGCAAAACAUUCUGUACUUUAGACUAUAAGAAUUACAGAGAAAAUAGGCACAAAUAUGAGUACAGACAGACUCGUAAUUAUAAAAAUUUUGGUCAUACCAGAACAAAACAUACCUUUAAAUAUAGUUUGACACUUUUCAUCCCCACCAUUGGAUUAUUUAUAUCUACGUGUGUUGGUUGGGAUCGAUUAUUUAAUAUAAUACCUAAAGUACCUAAAGUAGAAGCAGCCAGCAUGUUAGUGGAAAAGAUUCAGGAUAAUGAAAACAUGGAACAGACAGAACAAGAUUUACAAAAGAAGAAGAAAAAAAAAGACAAGAUUGGAUUUCGCGAUAGAAAGAUAAUAGAGUACGAGAACAGGAUAAGGGCGUAUUCAACGCCAGAUAAAAUCUUUCGUUAUUUUGCAACUGUUAAAAUGACUAACUUAAACAAUGUUGAAAUAUAUAUGACACCUGAUGAUUUUAUACGUGCUAUCACACCAAACAUGCAACAGCCAAAUGGUCUUGGACUGGAUCAGUACAAGCGUUAUGAUCCAAAGAAUAUUCAUACAAAAUUAGAAUUGGAAUUGGAUGAAGACAGCAUCUUUUACAAACUGGGCAGUGCAGGCCUCAUUACUUUCUCUGAUUACAUCUUUUUGUUGACAGUAUUAUCAACCUCCAGACGACACUUUGAAAUUGCCUUUAGAAUGUUCGAUUUCAAUGGUGAUGGCGACGUCGAUUCCGAGGAAUUUGGAAAAGUGGCUACGUUGAUACGGCAACAAACUAGUAUAGGCACUCGACAUCGUGAUCAUGCAACCACAGGAAAUACAUUUAAGGGAGUGAAUUCCGCACUAACUACGUAUUUCUUUGGACCACAAAUGAAUCAGAAAUUAACCAUCGAGAAAUUCUUGGAUUUUCAACAACAACUGCAACGAGAGAUUUUGAGUCUUGAGUUUGAACGACGAAAUCCAGAUGAAAAUGGUAAUAUCACUGAGGUAGAUUUUACGGAAUUACUAUUGGCUUAUGCCGGAUAUUCAGCGAAAAAGAAGGCGAAGAUGUUGAAAAGGGUGAAAAAGACCUUCAAAGAAAAUCCGAAAGGGAUUAGCAAAGAAGAAUAUCUCAAAUUCUUUCACUUUUUAAAUAACAUUAAUGAUGUAGAUACAGCCCUGACAUUUUAUCAUAUAGCCGGCGCAUCUAUCGAUCAAGCGACAUUAAAACAUGUAGCAAAAACUGUAGCGCACGUCGAUCUGAGCGAUCAUAUUAUUCAAGUGGUGUAUACAAUUUUUGACGAAAACAUGGAUGGACAACUUAGCAAUCGGGAAUUCGUUGCUGUGAUGAAAAAUCGUGUUCUUCGCGGUUUGGAAAAAUCGAAAGAUACUGGAUUUGUCAAGUUAAUUCAAUCUUUGAUAAAGUGUGCAAAAAACAGCAAUCUCCUGUCGUACGAUAAAUAAUUAAAGC